AUGCGCUUCCCCUCAAUCCAAACCUUCGUCCGAACGCUUUACACCUUCAGUAACACGACCUUGCGAACUCCGUCAAGCCCAUUCAACUCCAGUCUUGGACGAACAGGCACCGCAUUGCGAGCUUCUAUGCCCAUACCUUUCAUCGGAGCACUGUUCUCAACAGCCGACACACGCAAAAUGACCCACCCCGUGCAGAAGAGCGAUAGCGAAUGGCAAGCGCAGUUGAACAAAGAGCAAUUCCGCAUCCUUCGCGAGAAGGGCACGGAAGCACCCUUCACCGGCAAAUACGACAAGCACAUGCCCGAUGCCGGCGUCUACACCUGCGCUGGCUGCGAAGCACCACUGUACAAAGCAAACCACAAGUUCAAGAGCGGGUGUGGAUGGCCGGCUUUCUUCGAUGCGGUGCCGGGCGCGGUGACGAGGCAUACGGAUAAGACGUUUGGGAUGGAGAGGACGGAGAUUGUUUGCUCGAAUUGUGGAGGACAUUUGGGACAUGUGUUUAAGGGAGAGGGGUAUGCUACGCCGACGGAUGAGAGGCACUGUGUUAACAGUGUGAGCUUGAACUUUGAUAAGGAUGAUCCGGUGAAGGAGUAG